UGUGGUUUAUCUUCCAGUCUGUGAUGUUUUUAAAUUCAGAUUUGGGUUGUGGAGCCUCGCAGACACCUGGGUGCAGAGCUGCGUUCAUGAACCAUGUGCUUGAGGUUUCACGGUUGUUUCUCCUGCAGAUCCUGCAGAGGAGGAAUCCCAUCUUUUUCUAGAUUCAGGUUUUGGACCAGGAUGCGAAUUCGAUCUGGCUCCACGGAGCCCGAGGGCUUCACACGAAACUCUGUGCCUGGACAGAGUGCACUGUCGAUGGGAACGGGCUGGUUCAAUGGAAGACUCAUGAAGAUGUUCAGAAGUCCCAGAGGUCAGGAGGGGCUGACAUUACCAUCGAACACUGACGGACGUCUGUCCACCAGCAGCGAGGAGGAGGUGGAGCAGAUGAUGGUUUCCCCCACAGUUCCCCACACCUUUGAGCAAAUGCUGGAGGAGCAGCUUUUCUCCAAAGCCAGUCAGCAGCUGAUAGAGCGAGAGGAGCUUCUGUUUGGACAGAAUACAGAAGAGCAGAAGCUCAAAGAUCAUGAGGCAGAAGUAAAAAGCCUGGCUGCGGACUACUCCACUCUGAGGGAUCGUAUCUUACAGAUUCUGCUGCAGAGUUUCUCUCUGGACAUAGAAUCAGUAAAAGGUCUGACGUCUGCUGUGAUAACCAUCCACCAGGAACACCAGCAAGACCAACUCUGGAAACAAAGAUCACGCACAUCACCAUGCUGGAGGCCAUGCAGAUGGACAGAACUCCACAAUAAAACUGUUCUCAGUUUGGUAAAGGCACGUAUGGACAACCCACAGAAGUCCUCCGAGGGUCAGAGGGGGAUGUCCUCCAUCAUGGAAGACAUCUUCUGCAUGGGUAAGCAGCUGAAGGACGACCUGCAUUUUGUGGUGAACGUGGUGAAGACGUGUUAUCCUCCAGAGCACAACAUCUGUCAAUCCUACGCCGAGCUCUUCCACCAGGCAUUUAGUUUCGGACUCAAGAACAUCGCAGACUUUGGUCUGGGGGACAAGGACUGUGCUUACCUGCUGCGCUGGGUCAAUGAAUAUUAUCCAGAUCUCCUACAAAAACCAGAGCUGAGCUCUGAGAUCAACGCAGACGUUCUGGGAAAACUGCUGCCUCAAGAGUUACUAAAACCUCUGGAGGAACAGUUCCUGAACAGUCAACAGAAUGAGCUGGUGAGGUACAUUGACCGUGUUCUGGGGGAAGCAAAGCAAAAUUGGAGUAAUGGGGAGGAGCCAGUGAGGGAGGAGGGCUGCUAUGUCAGUCACGUGGCCUAUGACAUCAUCCAGUGUAUCAAUGGUCUUGUGAAAUCAGCGUGUACAGUGGUGGGAGACAUAAACAAGGCCAGGAGCAUCACCUGCAGUCUGGACAGUUUAAUGAAAAGGUACAAAUCUUUCCAAGAGGAGGUUGUGAGGCUGAACAGGGCCAACAGCAGAGCCAUCAUCAUGGCCAACCUGGGAUGUAUCCAACAGUUCAGGGAGGUUCUGGAGAAGAACCCUCACCUCUUCAAGGAGAACAUCAGGACAGAAUGUUUGCAGGUUCUGACAGCGAUGAAAAAAUCUGCUCACAGCUACUUUUUAACCCCCAUGCACGAGGCUCUCAAGCCUCAGUACCGCAAACUGGGAACAAACGAGUGGCUGAGCAAACCUGUGUUUAAGAAUCUCCUGCUGAGCCUUCAGAGACAGACAGAGGACCUGCAGGGGCUGAACCAGUCCUGUCUCCAGGAGCUGGUUAGUCAGUUUGAGGAGGAGGUGACGGUGGAGUACGUGAGGCGACUCCUGAAAGGGGACGUCAAGCUGAAGGACAGAAACCAACAGAACCAGGCCUACCACGAGGUGAAGGAAAACGCCGAGGGCUUACGCACAUUUUUCCUGGGGAUGGGCUCGGACCAACUCUGGCUGCAGGAAAUCCUGCUCACCCUGGCAGAGGUUCUGAGACUCCAGGAUCUGCCUGCUGUGCAGGUGCAGGUGGCUUCACUGGGAACCCUCUACCCAGACCUCAGUGAGAAACACAUCUCUGCUCUUCUCAAGCUGAAAACCAACUUCACCAGAUCAGACAGGAAAACAGUUAAAGAGACUUUGACUGACACUCUGAGAGAAACCAGCAGGAACCAGACCAGAACCUUCUUCUCUAAUGUUCUGAUCAAAUGAGGGAAAAAACCACUGUUCCAGUUCUCCUCUGUAUGGUUCUACAGGUACAGAACUAUUGCUGUUAGUAUUGUACUGUUUUGUAGUACUGUUUACUACUGUGUAGUUUACAUAUGUGAUGUGUGCAGAAAACAGGGACUGUAUACAUUUUACUAAAUGUAUAAAUUGUAUUUCACGUGUCCUCAUUGUCAAAUUAUUGUCCAAUUCAAUGAAAUGUGUUGUUUUUUUAAAUAAAUGUGUUUAUAUCUUAAUGU